ACAACGACUGCUGUUCCUCCUACAACAACAACUACGGCAGCAACUACAACAACUGCUGCUCCUACAACAACAACUACUGCCCCGACAACAACAACUGCUGCCCCGACAACAACAAGUGUUGCUCCUACUACAACAACUGCUGCUCCGACAACAACACCUGUUGCUCCGACAACAACAACUAGUGCCCCCACAACAACAACUAUAGCAGCAGCUACAACAACUGCUGCUCCAACAACAACUACAGCAGCAACUACAACAACUGCUGCCAUGACAACAACAAAAACUGCUGCUCCAACAACAACUACAACAACUGCUGCUCCAACAACAACUACAGCAGCAACUACAACAACUGCUCCAACAACAACUACAACAACUACUGCCCCGACAACAACUACUGUUGCUCCGACAACAACAACUACUGCCCCGACAACAACUUUUGCUCCUACAACAACAACGGCAGCAACUACAACAACUGCUGCUCCAACAACAACUACAGCAGCCACUUCAACAACUGUUGCUCCGACAACCACUGUUGCUCCGACAACAACAACUGCUGUCCCGACAACAACAACAACUGCUGCUCCAACAACAAUUACGGCAGCAACUACAACAACUGUUGCUCCGACAACAACAACUCCUGCCCCGACAACAACACCUACGGCAGCAACUACAACAACUGCUGCUCCAACAACAACUACAGCAGCCACUUCAACAACUGUUGCUCCGACAACCACUGUUGCUCCGACAACAACAACUGCUGCCCCAACAACAACAACUGCUGCCCCGACAACAACAACAACUGCUGCUCCAACAAUAAUUACGGCAGCAACUACAACAACUGUUGCUCCGACAACAACAACUGCUGCCCCUACAACAACAACAAUGGCAGCAACUACAACAACUGUUGCUCCGACAACAACAACAGCAGCAACUACAACAACUGUUGCUCCCACAACAACAACUGUUGCUCCGACAACAACAAGUCCUGCCCCGACAACAACAACUACGGCAGCAUCUACAACAACUGUUGCUCCGACAACAACAACUCCUGCCCCGACAACAACAACUACGGCAGCAACUACAACAACUGCUGCUCCAACAACAACUACAGCAGCCACUUCAACAACUGUUUCUCAGACAACCACUGUUGCUCCGACAACAACAACUGCUGCCCCGACAACAACAACUCAUGCCCCGACAACAACAACUACGGCAGCAACUACAACAACUCCUGCCCCGACAACAACAACUGUUGCUCCGACAACAACAACUACGGCAGCAACUACAACAACUGCUGCUCCAACAACAACUACAGCAGCCACUUCAACAACUGUUGCUCCGACAACCACUGUUGCUCCGACAACAACAACUGCUGUCCCGACAACAACAACAACUGCUGCUCCAACAACAAUUACGGCAGCAACUACAACAACUGUUGCUCCAACAACAACAACUGUUGCUCCGACAACAACAACUGCUGCCCCUACAACAACAACAAUGGCAGCAACUACAACAACUGUUGCUCCGACAACAACAACAGCAGCAACUACAACAACUGUUGCUCCCACAACAACAACUGUUGCUCCGACAACAACAACAACUACAACAACUGGUGCUCCAACAACAACUACAGCAGCCACUACAACAACUACUGCCCCGACAACAACAACUGCUGCCCCGACCACAACAACCACGGCAGCAACUACAACAACUGCUACUGCAACAACAACAACUCCUGCCCCGACAUCAACAACAACUGCUGCUCCAACAACAACAACUACAGCAGCAACUUCAACAACUACAACAACUACUGCCCCGACAACAACAACUGCUGCCCCGACCACAACAACCACGGCAGCAACUACAACAACUGCUACUGCAACAACAACAACUCCUGCCCCGACAUCAACAACAACUGCUGCUCCAACAACAAGAACUACAGCAGCAACUUCAACAACAUCUGCUCCAACAACAACUACAGCAGCCCCUACAACAACUACUCCCCCGACAACAACAACUGUUGCUCCUACAACAACAACUACUGCCCUGACAACAACAACUAUGGCAGCCACUACAACAACUGCUACUUUGACCACAACUACUGACCCGACAACAACAACUGCUGCUCCAACAACAACAACUGGUGUUCCUCCUACAAUUACAACUACACCAUCAACUACAACAACUGCUGUUCCAACAACAACAACUGUUGCUCUGACAACAACAACU